UACGCCGGUUCAGUAACGUUGCGCGCGCGCCGGUAACACAACGUGCGGCUAAAUAAAGACAACCAAGAUGGCGUCGCGAGGCACACAGUGUUUUCUAACCAUAGCUUCAAGACAUUACAGCUCAAAAGCUGACAAAAAUGUCGCCUUCCUCGGAUUGGGCAACAUGGGUGGCUUCAUGGCUGCCAACAUAGCCAAAAAGGGCUUCAAUGUCCGUGGAUACGAUCCAUCCAAGGAGGCUCUGGCCGCGGCCGCCAAGAACGGCGUCACCAGCGCCACCUCCAUCGCUGAGGCGGUCGACGGUGCUGAUGUAGUGGUCUCCAUCCUGCCCAGCAACAAGGUCGUGCUGGACGCAUACCUUGGAGACGACGGUGUCGUUAAGCAUUCCGCGAAAGGCACCCUCCUCAUCGACUCAAGUACAGUGGACCCCAACGUGCCCAAGCAAAUCUUCGGCGUCGCUCAAGAGGCCGGCAAGAACUUCACAGAUGCACCUGUGUCUGGAGGUGUCAUGGGCGCACAAAACGCGACUCUGGCUUUCAUGGCUGGAGGUCGCAAGGAGGACUUCGAGAGGUCCCUCCCCAUCCUGCAGUGCAUGGGUAUCAAGCACUUCCACUGCGGAGAGAUCGGCAGCGGCCAGGUCGCCAAGCUCACCAACAACAUGCUCAUGGGCAUCACUGGAAUGGCCACCGCUGAGUGCAUGAACAUGGGCAUCAAGAUGGGCCUGAACCCCAAGGUCCUGUUGGAUGUCUUGAACAACUCUUCAGCCCGCUCCUGGUCCACCGAGGUGUACUGCCCAGUCCCCGGCCUGGUCCCCACCGCGCCUUCCAGCAGAAACUACGACAACGGCUUCAAGAACGAACUUAUGGUUAAGGACUUGGAGCUGGCCAGCAACAUGGCUCUCGGAAUCCGCUCCCCCAUCCCGCUCGGCGCCGUGGCCACGCAGCUGUACCGCGUGGUCCAGUCCCGUGGAUUCGGACAGAAGGACUUCUCAUACGUCUUCAAACUCCUCAACGAAGAAGUUAAAAAUAACUAAAUUUUAAGGAUAAUA